AUGCCCCUGCUUCCAUUAAUGGUCACUUUAAAGGAAGCCUUCACACCCCAAAAAUUGCAAAGCGAGGGCCAUAAGGGAUUACGAAUGGUUUUGGUCGUGUUUGUGGUUUCGUCGAUUUGCGGCAAUAUAACAUUAGCCCAACAAUGUGGAAUCAAAAGUGACUCUUAUUCUAUCUACCAGAAGAUGUUGAAGGGUCACACCUAUAAGACAUUCAAAACGUGGACCAAGUCAUUCGAUUGUAGAGACGCAUGCUCAUCUGACGUUAGAUGCCAGAGCUAUAAUUUCGUCUUCCUGAGAGACACAUGUGAGCUCAACAACAGAACCAAGCAGGCAAGACCGAACGACUUUGUAAUAGAUGUUGAAAGAUAUUACAUGGAGAGGAUAUCCAGAGGUGAGGAAAUAAUCUUGUGAAAUGCACACACUCAGCAUUAUUAUAUAUGAGCUAGCCGUACGGUGCAAAGUCCACCAAAUAGUAGUUUCGAGAGGUAAAAUAAACUCAAAAGAGUGAACAACAUGGUACGUAAAAGGGAAUGCAACUCACAAGCAUUGAAACCGGCUUAAGCCAAAUUUUAUACUGCCCAGUCACCGCUUACCAGUAGCCACCGUUGAAGUACUAAGUGCGUUCAUUGUUUGAGAGGUUAUCUGACAUAACUAUGUGCAAGAUAUCCCUGCGCUUAAAGAGUUCGUCAGUAAUGAAUCUAGCCCAAACGAUUAAAAGAACAAUUUUAUAUCAUAAGAGGUGAGUGAACAAUAAAAAAAUUGAAAUUUGCGGUUUAAAAGUCAAUUGUUUUCCUUCCGCAUUAUUUUCUCGUGAAGUCAAAACUCAUCGACUCCUAGGGUGAACAAAACUCACCAACUCCCAAAGGGGAAACAACAACUUGGACUUUCGACUCUCACGUGAUCAUGUCGUGUACCUUAAAAACCGCAGCUAAAUUAUCAAACGAAUUUUGAGUGGGAGGUAUAACAUAACACUGAAUGUCAAGCUGGCACUCUGGAUAUAGUGAGUUUUGUCUCUCCGAGACCCUCAAUGUUCCUCAAAGCGAAGACGAAGGGAAAUAAAACUGACUGUCUCUCGUGAGGCCAAUCAAAGUGCUUAUUAACUUUGUCUCAACGGCCGAGAUUCUUAUUUUGUGAACCAUAUUGACCUACAUUCGACAAUAGGAACCAAACAUGGUCAUUCGUAAGUCAUUAAUAUUAUUUCUCUGGUUAUAUUGUGAAACCAGUUUGAAAAAUUGUUCCUGAUCACAUAAAUUUACAUUUCCCCCUUUCAGUUUCCCUCGGCUCUAUUCCCGAGUUGCCCGCUGAUUCGUGCGCAGAGAUCAAGGCGAGCGAAGGAGAACAAGCGGUUAGUGGUAUUUAUUGGUUGGACGCAACCAGAACUGGGAAUUCAAUUCUUGCUCGCUGUGACAUGAAAACAGAGGGUAAGCAUAGUUUUUGCAUGGUCCAAUGGUCGUGAAAUAUAGUGAGUUAUACAGGGUGUGAGGGGGUGGGGGGGGUGGGUCGCCUCUUUACCAAGAGGAUUACGACAAAAGGAGCCGAAGAAAAAAUUGUACCAGUUGAGGGAAAUGUGUAGAAAAGUUAGCUUUUUGUGUCCUAGCUAGUUCCUAUCAGGCCCCAGCAGUAUGCAGGACGUUUGUCAUGCAUAAUCCUUGUGUGUAGCCCAACUCUCCAGCGAGUUCUGUGUAGCAUGGUGGUAGAGCAUCGGACCGCGAAAAAAGGUUUAAGGUUUGAAUCCUUCCAGCUGGAGUCCUCGAUCCCACGAUCAUGCCAAAUGGAUAACAUCAUUCUUUAUUUUACGAUCAGAGACGCGGGUAGAUAGAAUAUAUUUUGACAUAAGAGGUAUUUCAAGGGGAAGCCUAUUGUCGAAAAGAACUGUAUGAAAAGUGAGAAGUUUCCCGCGUUUUUUUCCUUCGGGGCGUGCCAACCCUAUACUUUUCCUAUUUUAGUUACUGUAGUUUUUACAAUAUAAAGAAAGAUAAAACGAUGACCCAUAAUUUCACCGUUGCAUAGUUGCUGACUACUGUAUCAAGCAUCUGUGUUUCAAUAAUGCGAGCUGUGUAAAUCAGCAUGUGAACUACACGUGCUGGUGCAAAAUUGGAUGGACUGGAAACUAUUGUGGAAAAGGUAAAUUCACGUACUAGGCGUUAAAGUUAUAAAAUGGUCCUAAACCCACAAUGUCUCUGUAAAACGGGGUUUUUGCAGGACUUUUGGAUCUAAACGUAAAUAAUAUUCAGUAAGAUUACAAUCAUGGCGAACCAAAUCCACCAAAAUUUCCUCUAGUCACAUCGUGGGAACACAAAACAAACAAUUUGUCACGGUCGGGGAGACCCCAUGCUUAACUGUAUUGCAGUUGCUUGCAUCUUUGAUUUUUGCCAUCUUCCAUCACCAUUUGGUAGGUCAGUUUCAGUAGGUCAGGAGAGAUCAAUGAGCAUUGCACAUAGACUCAAGUGCUCUUUAAGGCGGUAACAACAUUUGUCCAUGUAGUAGAAAUAGAACUGUCUAGUACGCGUACUUGAAAAUGAUAUUGUAGCUGUUUUGUGCAUUUUCUUUCUAAACAUCCAUGCAUCUUUGCCCGCAGAUACGAAUGAAUGUACAGAGAAAGCUAAUGCUUGCCCAGCUCAGCCAUCAUGUGUCAAUUCUAUUGGUUCAUACCGCUGUAAUUGUCCGUCUGGUUGGAGAGAUCGAGGUGCACACACCUGCAUCGAUGUUGACGAGUGCUUGGUGGGAUCUCACAGUUGUCCAUCAAAUUCACGGUGUUCUAAUACUCCAGGUUCCUACCGCUGCAUCUGUUUGGCAGGUUGGAGAAACCAAGGACCCAGCACUUGUGUUGAUAUUGACGAGUGUUCUGUUGGAUCACACAACUGUCCAUCAAACUCAAGAUGUUCCAACACAAUAGGCUCCUACCUUUGCCGUUGCAAAUCUGGUUUCACUCAACCCUACUCGAGAUCACGUUGUCAAGAUAUCAACGAAUGUACAACAGGAAGCCAUUCGUGUUCCUCCUACGGCAACGCCUAUUGUGUGAAUACUAUUGGCUCCUACUAUUGUCGCUGUAACCGCUGUUACUACAUGUCUGGACGCAGCUGUAAUCGUAAGUAAUAUAAUACAUUAAAGAUUUCUGCAUUUUAGCCUUCCAUACAACCAGUGAUAAGUUGCUUACUGAGUGGAGCACUGAAUUGGUAUCACAAGUGAUACGUUAAUUAAAACAAGUUGGUUAUGUCUUUCAGCUGUCACUACUGUUACUAAAAAAACUGUAUGUUUAUCAAUUUUUUUCCAAUAGCUGACUGUCGCCUCGACACCCAGUACUAUUACAUAAAGAGCUACACCUCUUAUAGAGACUAUUAUACCAACGGUUGCUGGCUUAUUCUAAGGUGCCGAAAAUACAGGUAG